AUGCCGCCCCCUCUAUUAGCGAAACGGCCACUUCAAGGGAAAAGAAAAGAGAAGGUCAUCCUUGGCGCCAUCGCCGUCUUCAUUGCCUGGGGCUACGUCGUGCACUGGUUCCCUGCCCUGCGCUUCGCCCCGCAUGCAUUCGCCUUCGGUGCGGUAGCUGCCCUUGGGGCGGUUCUCGUCACAGCUGUGUUUACGUCCCGUGGACCGGCCCAGAGGAGAACAUGUCGACCUUCCUCCAGCGCCCGCCCCAAGGCGGUUGCUUUUCUAGAACCUCACAUCUGGUCGCGUGAGGUGAAGGCUCUACGGGAGAGACAGGUCUACAAGCCUGAGCUGCUGUGUCCUGAUAGCGAAAAGGUUUCGGCAGCGCUGGACGAGGUGAUUGCCCUCAUCGAAAGAGACUUUAUUCGGUCAUGGUACGAAAGUAUCAGUCCCAACCCGGUGUUUGUGAACGAGGUCGAUCGCGCGAUACGCUGCGCACUGAUUAGGGUCGCGGAGAGGCUACGGGGCUUGGAUAUAGCUGCGGUGUUGACGACGAGGGUGGUGCCCAUCCUUACGGAGCACUUCCGUUCAUUUUACGAGGCAGAACGGGCGGUCCGGGGGAGAAAGUUGAACAGGUCUGUUACAGAAACCGAGGAGCUCGACUUGGCAAUCGCCGGGAAGUACAGGGAGGGCAAGUUACACCCCGCCGCAAGCCUGUCGUUUUCCGAUACGAAGACCGCACAGCAGGAUUAUCUGCGCCAGUUGGUCGCUGGGCGCAUAUUACCUCGGCUGCUUCCCGAGCAGUUACUAAGGUCUCGCGCAGUCGCGACGUUGCUGCGAGAGAUUGUUGCUUGCGCAGUGCUCUUCCCCAUCAUGCAGAUGCUCUCGGACCCCGACACGUGGAACCAGCUGAUGGAGAAUUAUGGACGGACAAUGCUGCAGGAUCGGUCAACUGUGAGAAGGUUGAGGGCUGCCUUGGAUGAGCAUGCUUCACCGGCUCCCAAGAAGAGUGGGAACGCCAAGUCAGGAGUGGUUAUGUUGCCCCGGCUGGCGCCAAAUGAUAAUGAGAGGAAGUUCGAGAAGUUUAUUCGGGCGAUAAGGAAGGUCAAUAACUUAUCGGAUGCGAGACGGUUUCGGAGUGAGGUUGCUAGUCAGCUGAAGAGGGAGCGACAGGUUGAGGGAGUUGAUCAGGUCUACCUUCGCCGGCUGGAGAUGGGCAAGAGAUUGUUGGAUCAGAAAGUAUACCAGCUGUCGGCUGGAGGGAGCAGUCGGUGCGCGCCGCCCCCUCCAGAUCUGGAUUCUGCGCCCUCCAAGGAGUCUCGACUGGAGAACGCCUCGCUGGCCGAGAUCCUGCGCGACCCGUCUGCGCUGUCGUACUUCAUGGAGUACAUGGAUAGGCAGCGACUCAUGUCGCUGGUACAGUUCUGGCUGGUCGUCGAUGGAUUUCGCAACCCGCUGGAGGACGACGGCCCCGAAGGCGAGCAGUUGCCUCUGCAGCUUCCCCCAUGGACGGACUCAGAUCGGCAGGAUCUGGCACAGAUCGAGGCCGCCUACUUGUCCAAGCCGGAGCUGAAAGUUUCCGAAGAGUCGAAGAAGAUCGUGCGCGAGUUCUUGAAGGCAGGCAGAAAGGCCACGCCAGAGCAGUACUACCGUGCCAGGAGAGAAAUCCUCAGGGCACAGAGCGCUGUGCUUGAGAACAUGCGAGCCAACCACUUCCAAAACUUUAAAAAAUCCGAUCUUUUCUUCAAAGCCCUCGCCGCAGAGGAAGCCGCCAACCGAACAGCAGCUGCCGCAGCCGCCGCCGCAGCCGCAGCAGCAUCAUCCUCAAGCCCAACCUCUGUCCCUGGCUCGCCCAUUCCCCGUGCCAGCUCCUACCCCUCAAAACCAAACUACCCCAUCUCACGCAUCGGCUCUCGUCUGCAACCCAUCAAUCGCCGCUCCGGCUCAACCAUCGACCUCCGCGCCGCAGGUGCCAGCACAAACAGCAACGCCGGCGGCUCUGAGCCUCGUCGCCGGUCAGUCGAUGAUGCCGACGCCGUGGGCAUCUCGCCCAACCCUUUGUUUGAGGACGACGAUACCAUGGCCGGAGAAGACCCGCUCGCCGAUUCUAUGGCCAGUUUGGAUGGGACUAGUGGGGUCCCCCCGGUGCCGGAUACAAAAGUUGUGUUGGCGAUGGAGAAGGCGUUGAAUAAUAUCCUCGAGGAGGAGAGUAAUAAGCCGCCGGAAGUGGAGGAUUUGAGGGAAUCGUUGUUUGGAGCCGAGGAGGAUCCCGCUGCGAGUGGGGGGUUGUUUGGGCCGAUGGAGGGGGUUCCGGUCAGGAAAGGGAAGCAAGGGCAUAGAGGGAGCGUCACAGAGGGAGAAGUCGGUAGGGUGAGUAGGGGGUCGUUGGAGGGGCUGCCGGCAAAGACGCCUGAGAAGCCGAGUCUGGCAUCGCUGGGGCUGGUUAGUCCCGCGUCGAGGAUUGGCGUGUUUGUGGAUGAUGAUUUGUUCGGGGAUGAGAACCGGUUUUUGUCAGAUGAGGAGUCGGAUACUGAGACUGAGGAUGAGGAUGAUGCUGUGCAGGCUGCCGCGCCGGGGGACUUGGGGCUGGCCGAAGCGAUUACUGCGCUGACGAAUGAUAUCGACAAGCUGGUUGCGCAAGAGGCGGUCGUAGAUUCGCUGCUGAAGAAGGCUGAGUUGACGGGGAACCAGGCCGAGUUGCGCAUUCUGCGCAAGUCGAAGGCUAGCUUGCAGAGGGAGAUCCGGCGGAAGGAGCUCCAGCGUCAGCAGUAUGUCAUCCAGGAGAGUGAUAACAGUCUCUAUGGGCGGGCAACUGUUCGUAUCACAUCGGUGCAGGUCGGCCGCGAGGAGGAUGGCAAAGAGUUUGCCAUGUACGCGAUCGAGGUGUCAAGGAAUGCUGGGGAGAGAAUGCCCGCUGCUACGUGGGUGGUUAUGAGGCGAUACAGUGAGUUCCUCGCACUGCAUCAGAAGUUAAGAGGACGGUACCCCUCGGUCAGGGGGCUCGAUUUCCCGAGACGGCGGGUCGUUAUGAAGCUGCAGAAUGAGUUCUUGCAGAAAAGAAGGGCCGCGCUAGAGAAAUAUCUUAGUGAGCUACUACUCCUGCCGGAGGUGUGUGGCAGCCGUGAGUUGAGGACGUUCCUCUCACAGAGCACCGUCAAACCCGGGUCCGGAGGGAAACAGAAAGAUAUGAUUUCCCGCUUGUAUGACUCUGUUGCUGACGGAAUGGAGGACAUCCUCGGCAGCAUUCCGGUGCUAGAACAACUCUCCCUCGCGGGGGCGAACCUCUUCGGCUCUUCCUGGUCUGUCAGCAACAACGUUUCUUCUUCGCUCGCCCCCCUCCCCGACGACGCUAACGCGGCUGAGGCUGAAGCCGAGCUCCGCGUUUUUGAUAACGUGCCCGCCGCUGCAAAAGCCGAACCCUUUGUCAAGCCCAUAUGCGACAUUUUCCUUGAAGUGUUUGAGCUCAACCGUGGGAACAACUGGCUACGAGGCCGCGCCGUCGUCGUCGUGCUUCAUCAGCUGCUAGGCGGCACCAUCGAGCGGAAACUACGAGAAAAUGUGCGCAUGCUCGUGCAGGAUGAGGAGGCGGUGCUCAAGUACAUUUCGCUGGUAAAGAACGGGAUCUGGUCGGGCCCGGGGGGAACAUUGCCGAAGGAUAAGGUGCCUAGGUCAAAGGCGGAGAAAGAGAGGACACGCAGGGAGGCCGGGCUCAUGAUGGCUUCGUUGGUGCCGGAUUUGGCGGGAAGUGUGGUCGGACGGGUGAAUGCCCAGGCCGCGAGCAGGAGGGUGUUUGCUACGUUGAAUAAUGCGUGGUUGAAGUGA